AACUUAUUUUUCAUUUGCGUCGUCGGGGCCAAGUGGAUCGUUAUACUAAUCAUUUAUUCUUCAUGGUUAGCGUUGCGGUUGCACGCCCACUGGUUUCCGUUUUUUCUGUGGAAGGUGAAGGAACAGAAGGUGAAGUGGCCUUACCAGCAGUAUUUACUGCGCCGAUACGUUCAGAUGUGGUCCGUUCAGUACAUACGAGAAUGGCGCUCAACAAGAGACAGCCAUAUGCCGUUAGCACCAAAGCUGGCAUGCAGUCUUCUGCAGAGUCUUGGGGCACUGGUCGUGCAGUAGCACGUAUUCCAAGAGUACCUGGUGGAGGAACUCAUAGAGCUGGUCAGGGAGCUUUUGGAAACAUGUGUCGAGGCGGUCGUCGUUUUGCGCCAACCAAGAUCUGGAGAAGAUGGCACCGAAAGAUCACAAAGAACGAAAAAAGAUAUGCAGUCGCUUCUGCACUGGCGGCAAGUGCUUUGACUUCUUUGGUAAUGGCCAGAGGACAUCGAAUCGAACGAGUAUCGGAGGUGCCACUUGUUAUUGGGGAUCAAGCCCAAACCAUGAAAAAGACAAAGGCUGCUGUUGCGCUUCUGGAGAAGAUUGGGGCAUAUGAAGACGUAAUCAAAGUAAAGGAGAGUAAGAAAUUGAGGGCAGGUAAAGGGAAGUUGAGAAAUCGGAGGUACACUCAACGGAGGGGUCCUUUGAUUAUCUAUGAGAAAGAUGAAGGAAUAGUAAAGGCGUUUAGAAACUUGCCUGGAGUGGAACUUUGUCGUAUGGACUCGCUUAACUUGUUACAGUUAGCUCCUGGAGGUCACUUGGGUAGAUUCUGUAUUUGGACAAAGUCAGCCUUUGAGAAGUUGGAUGAAAUAUUUGGAACCUUUACCCAACCUUCACAACAAAAGAAAGACUACACGCUUCCAAAGUCAAUUUUGACAAAUUGUGACAUCAAUCGUAUUAUCAAUUCGGAUGAAGUACAAUCGGUUUUGCGUCCCAAGAUCAUUCAAAAACGAACUUCUACUAAAAAGAAGAAUCCACUGAAGAAUAAGAAUGAAAUGUUCAAACUCAAUCCUUAUAGCAGAAUACUCUUGAAAGAAGCACGUGAAGCAAGCAGUAAACCAUCUCAGAAGAAACAGAAAAGACUGCUCCGAAGAAAGAAUAAGGAAGUGAAGAAGAUAGGUCAAGAAUAUCGCAAGAGCAUUCUUUCAUAAUUAAAAAGUCGAAAUUCUUUUU